AUGGCGUCCCUAAAUAAAACCUGGGGUGAUCCAAACAACUAUGAACUGUAUUUCCACGAAAGCACCUUGAUUUUGGUGUUUAGCUGGAGACGCAAACCACAUUACGAUCCAGUUCUAUUCAAGGUCAUCCAACGCGCGGAAUCGGUCCUUGAACUUAGCUGGAUCUGUGGUGCGAUGUCGACAAGGAUUAACGCUCAAGUCAUGACCAAACCUCAGCAGGCUCUUAGAAGCUCUUAA